AUGACCUUUACAAGCCCUGAACUUUUGCAGAGCGCCAUUGACGCCCAUGGCGGCCAAGAGUACUGGGACUCUAUUGAGUCCCUCAACGUGGAGCUUGAGUUCUCCGGGCCGGCGUUGCGAAUGAGAGGCCUACCUGGGCCCUAUCAAAUCAAGAUGGUGGUUGAUACCAAGACGAAGAAGGUUACGUUUGAGAAAUUCGGCGACUACUACGGAUCAUGGACACCUACACGGACCGAAGUUGGCAAGAUUGGCACGGCAGAAGAUCUUGACGUUCGGGAGAAUCCCCGAGAUGUAUUUGACACCCACGUUGAGGCCACCCCGUGGGAUAUGCAGAAUCUGUUCUACUUCGUCGGCUAUGCGUUUUGGAACUACGUCAACUUUCCAUUCUAUCUCGAAGAUCCAGAAAUCCAAACUCGAGAAGUGGACGGACCCACGCGAGAGAACGGCGAGGAGUGGACGACUCUGGAGGUGGUAUUUCCCGACGGCUAUCCCACCCAUACCAAGUUCCAGAAGUUUGACUUUGACGCCGGAUAUCGACUGAUGCGCAUGCAUUACAAGGUCGAUGUCGUGAAGAAGUCUGUCCCUGUGUGGCACAGCUGCUUCAACCACGCCGUUGCUGGGAAGCUGCUUUAUCCGAGUCUCCGAAUUGUGACCUCUUCGUUUCCCGGUACGACAUUCUUUUCUCCGUUUCUCCUCAAAGAUAUCAAGAUAGACGUCAACCAUAAAUUCGCGGAGACUCGUUGA